AUGUCGACGAUAGUAGUCUCACGGUUCUUACUCGACAUCCGAGAGGCAGCAUACACAUCCGACACUACUCUCGAAACGGCGACCGACGACCUCUCCCUAAGCACGCUAUCUGGAAGCGCAUACAAGUCACGGAUGUGGCAGUCGCUUGAUUUUGCGACCCAGACGUAUGCGGAACGGUCCCAAGGUGCCAUGACAAGUACCACUGACGUUGACAGCCACGAUCGACAUCUUUAUGCGGACGUACAAGAGUUCGAGAUGAGCAACCUCGAGGCGGACCCGCGACUCAGGGGGAUGCUGAACCGGAGCAGCAUUGCUGCCUGA